CAAAGUCCCAAUCCCCCUUCUUAUCUUUCUUUCUCCAAAAACAUGAAACUUUUAGUCUUUGUUAUAUCGAUUUCGAUCAUCGUUUUGUUUCUUGGAGAUGCAAACGGUGAAGUGUUCGGUAAUACCAGAAAACUGAUCGAAAAAGCCAACAGCAACGGACCUUAUCUCGGCGUAGUUAUUCCUAACCUUUUCGAAAUGAACCCUCUUCUCAAUUAUCCCGAAUACAAGGCUACCAACCUCGUCAUUGAUAUCGGAGGAAGGAGAUUCCGAUUUGGAUCAAUUGGCGAGAAACAAGUCAUUUUGGUUAUGACUGGUUUAGGCAUGCUUAAUGCAGGAGUUACAACACAACUUUUGCUAAGUUUGUUUGACAUAGAAGGAGUUGUACAUUAUGGAAUUGCUGGGAAUGCAAACCCUUCACUCAAUAUUGGAGACGUUGCCAUUCCUCAAUAUUGGUCUCAUUCUGCUCUUUGGAGUUGGCAGAGAUAUGGAAAUGGUCCAGAAAACGAGUUACCUCUUGAAGCCUUUGGAGACUAUACAAGAGAUCUCGGCUACCUGAAAAUUGCAAAUUAUUCCACCGAUCUUGGAACGGAUAAUUUCUUGAACAACAUUUGGUACCAACCGGAGGAAAUUUUUCCGGUUGACGGAACACCGGAAGAAAGACAACAUGCCUUUUGGGUUCCCGUUGACCCCACUUAUUUUGAACUAGCCAAAAAUCUUGAGGCGUUGACGCUAGAAGGGUGCCUAGAUGCGGAUACAUGCUUAUCCACGCCACCGAAGGUCACCACCGUGGAGCAUGGAACAAGUGCCAGUAUUUACCUGGACAACGCCGCUUACCGGAGCUUUAUUUACGACAAAUUCAACAUCAGUCCGGUGGAGAUGGAAAGCGCCGCCGUGGCUCUCAUCUCUUAUCAGCAACGAGUGCCUUUUAUCGUAUUUAGGGCACUUUCUGAUCUUGCCGGCGGCGGUGAACACUCUAAUGAGGCCGAUACGUUCACCCCCCUGGCGGCUAACAAUUCCGUCAAAGUGGCGGUGGAGUUUAUCAAGUUGAUCCCAAUUCAAAAUAAGAUUUCCUCCGUUGUUGGUAUUUAGAAAUCUUGAAUUUAUAUCAUGGAAGUGUAAUAAGUUGUAGCAUUUAAACACGCUGUCGGUUUGUGUUCCUCAUGAUUUGAAUAAAAGUGGAGGCUUUCUCAGUUGUUUGAGUGAAUAAAA